AUGAACGUCUCCUUCCCCACUCGCAAAAUGUAAACAAAGAUGUCUUGUGACUUGACCGCAAAUCAGCCAAAGAUGCUUUAGUUCUCUCGACUCUCUUCGUCCUCCCACUUUACAACUGCGUCAGAACAAGUAUUGGGUGUUGUACUGUUGUUAAUCAGAGCUCUUCUCAACAUUAUCUCUGUAAGCGCCAACCCUCGAUGAUGAGUGCGAAAAUGGUAAGAGUGAUCUCUGUCCACCACUUCACUCGGCAAGAUGUGGCCGGACUGGAGAGAGCUGGAGGGCGUGGUGUCGCAAGGGGGAAGGGGGACAUCCUCUUGAUUGGGGGAGAGCACCGCGUAGACAUAAGAGACUUGAAGAAUGGUGCUACACUCCAGGGCAGCUUCCCGACUGUCGAUUUGGUGCAACAGUUAGUGUAUUGUGCAACAGGGAACUAUGUUUGUACCCUGGAAACCAAGCCAGCAAGACACGGAGGUGAUCAUCGCUACGUCAGAGUCUAUCUGCACUGGGAUCAAGAUAGCACAAACCAGCCCAUGAGGGCACGCAUAGCCGGCCGGGUCACGCCGAGCAGCCAGUCGGGCAUUCUCAACCUCGAGAUGAUCGAGAUACCGUUGAGGAAACCUGCAGAAUUCGUUGCCUGUUGUCAGACGACGGGCAACAUAGCCGUGGCCUGCGGAAUCACCGUAACGAUUCACAAGUUUUUCCAGAAGACCCACGACAUAUCCAAGUUGAAGUUCAUAGAUUUUGAGGAGAUCAUCGAACUGGACAUGUCAUUCAUAGUCAAAGAAGUUGCCAUUUCCGAGGACGUGGUCGGGUGCGUUUCAGAGUCUGAGGCCCACAUAUUCCAGGUGAUUUUGAAUCCCCAUCUUUUAAAGUCAACCUCUGAGGAGAAGGAAGUUAAGGUUCAGGAGAAACGAAGCAAGUCUAGGUCCAAGUCAAAGACUCGUUCUGCUUCGAGGUCACCCGGCCGUAGCACAGACUCGUGCAGCUCUGCUGGGAGAUAUAGAGGUCGAUGGUCUAGCCAGAAAGAGGAGGCUACUAGUUCUGUCAUCAGGAAUGCAGACGAUUACACCGAUCUCUCCGAGUUAACUUGGGUACCAACACUUUCCUAUGGCAGAAAACGACCGGUCGAUGACAAGCGUUUUCUAUUGUUCCCCUCUCUGGUGGGGGCCGCUCACUGCGGACCAGUAGCGGAGCCUGGAGAAGUUAUAGGCCCUGUUAGCUCCUCCCGCUGCUCAAGUGUUCGUGUGAAGUUGCUGAGCGCCAGCACGACUCCGCAGAAGAUGCCACCGAACAUUUUCGAAGCUGUGACGUUGAUUCAUCGUCGGGCUGACCACACCAACGACCCUGACAUCCCCUUUACGAAUUUACAGAUGACGGCUGUGUAUGGGUCAGAAGCAGCGAAAAAGAAUAACAGCUCAACACCUCGUAGAUCAUCACAUCCUCUCUUGCCUGCAACAGCCAUUCCAAAAGUCGGAGCCUCUGUGUUCCUCACCACUCCUCACGUCGGUCAGCUGUACCACAUUACUCUGGCUGAUGGUGGUUUUGGAACCAACGUAGUGAGAGGCGGCGUGUUCUCUUACACUGCGCCUGUUUAUACAGUAGCAUUGGAGCCGUCACUCUUGCACGCCCUUACCUUGACUGGGUUGGAAACAUACACCUUGAGACCACAUCCACAUGUUGUGGUGUCCCAUCUUCCAGAGGACCUUGAUAUGGUUGUACCACCACACUGGGAAGAGACGGUGUGUUUGGUCGGCCUGAGACCGUUCCUUAAUGUGGAGACCUUGACUUUGACUGACGGGUGUUUGGCCCUUAUUGCUGCCAAUAAUGAGGGUGGCGACAAGUCCCACACCGUCUAUUCCUUGCAUCUGCCAAGCGCUGCUAGCCUAUACAAAGAAAUGGUGCGCGUCGGGAGGAGCCACAGGUCUGCCUCUCCGUCGACUUACCUCCACCUUCUGCUGGAGGCCCAUCUGGUCCUGACAACGGCAAUUCAUUUCGAGUUGCCAACAGUCGAGGAAGCUGAGGAGGAUCUCUAUGCUUUGCUACAGGACUCUUCUGCCCUGCUUGGGGAUUACUAUGCACAAUGCACAAAUGAAGCAGAAUGGAAGCAGGCAACACAGUAUUACCAGGUGUCGAGUCUAAGCCCCGACGCGGUGAUAGAGCGUCUUGAUCCCCAGUGUCCUGGUCUUGUCUCCGUUGUUACUGACCUGCUUCUCCAUCCAAGCACUCCUGUGUUGACGUCGGCUCAGGCAAACUGUGUCUUGGAGAUGCUGGAGAAAGUGGCUCCAGAGAAAGUGUCGACAAUAAUUCUGAAGUCCAAGUGUCUGAAGGAUUACAAGAAGGAUAAGGUCUUGGCGAUUAUCAAGCAGGAACUUUCAACAACGUCCGAACCUCGCCCUGCAGAUGUCCUGGCGUUGGCCCUGGUUUUUCUUGAUCGUGGUUCACCAGAGCAGGUUGCAACCGUGCUGGCGUCAUUGCGCGCUUACCAGCUAGUGGUGGUUUUGUUGAAGCAUUCCAACCUUCUCCUCGUCACAGAAGAUGGAGCAACACGUCUUUCUCCUCUUGCUCAGGUGCUAGCUGAACACAAGAAGGAAGUGUUCACGGAGGUUUUUGUCUCACUCAUUGGAGACGGGACGCUGUCCUUGAACGCUUUCGUAGAUGCUUUCGUAGCUGUGUACCCUAUCGUUUCGUGUGGCCCAGAGUGUAACAUGCACUCUCUCUGGCUGCGAGACUUCCUGGAGAAGUUCUUUUUGGAGUAUGCGCAUAACCCUGAGAUCACAGACCACAGAGAGCGGUAUGACCGGGCAGUAACUGUCCUUGUCAGUUUGUACCUAGCAAGUCUAAUGGGAGCCUUUGGGGAUAAAUCUAAGGAAGACCCAAACUGGAGCGACCAGCGUGCAGCCCUGAAGGAGCUCUACGCCCCGCGUCCCACCUUCCUGAACCUCCUGCCUCCGUUCAACAUGGAGACGUCCCUUGAGAAGGGGAUCGACAAAGCCGAGGGUGAAGACAAGGGACAGGGGGCCGAGAGCAAGGAGGAUUUGUCAUCAACAUUGCUGCAUCUUCUUGUUUUGCAAUCACUACUGAGCUCAGAGCUGCCCUCCCUCGAAGACAGGGCCAAUGUCCUUAAGUUCGUCAAGACAAACCCCACUGCCGUAGGAGCCCAGUCCCUUCACUUACUCUGCCUGGAACCACUCCAGCAGAUGGAGUACAUGCUUGAUCACUUCCCGCUUAUUCUACUCCAGUAUGGCAAGGACGUAUAUGACACACCGAUCGAGUGGGUGGAUUUGGUGUCCGCUCUGAUCAAUCACAAAGCAGGUCUGCCCUCAAGCGACCCACCACAUCAAGUCUAUUCGGAUGUUUUGAAUGACGUGUUGAGCGAACUAGUAGCCACGUCUCCUCUGGACGUGUUCCUCCGAAUAAUUCCCAGCACCCACCACGAGGAGUUGCGGAACUCCAUUCGACAGUGCCACUCCGCUGCAUUGGCCACCUAUCUGCGUUCAUCAUUGAUAACAUACGCAAACAACUUGUUGGCGCAGAUGGCCAAGUAAUUUAUAAAACCUGUUUUUUUUUUUUUUUUUUUUUUCAGUUACAUACGAGUGACAUCCCAUGCAGGUACGAUAAUAAGAUUGUUUAUUUGGUUGCCAGAUACACAAAGGUGCCACAUUGCAUUUAUGUAAGUCAUAGCAUUCAGAAUCUCAUCCUUUUUGUUAUCACCUGAAUUACAGUGUUCUAAUAAUUCUAGUCUUACUUAGGUGUA